GGAAGCCAGCCUCCUGAUCCUUUGACGACUCUGCCGCACCCCAGGCGACCUUUGGUCAAUUGCGCUUCCGCCCCUUCUCCUAGCUCCGCCCCCGUCUUCCCCGGACCCAGCGUUUGGCCGAUUUGCUUCUCCAAAGCCAGAACUCGCAGCCGAUACCGGACAAGAUGGGCUACCUCGACGACGAAAUCAAGCGCCUCCAGGGCAUCGUCAGCAACCUCGAGGAGCGGGUCAAAGCCCUGGAGGGCAGGCAAUUAGGCGGCGGCCAGAAGAAGACGGCGGAGGAGAUUCGCAUGAUUCUGAUCGGCCCUCCCGGCGCUGGCAAGGGAACGCAAGCGCCCAAGAUCAAGGAGAAGUUCAACUGCUGCCAUCUGGCCACCGGUGACAUGCUGCGGUCCCAGGUUGCCAAGAAGACCCCCCUCGGCCGGGAAGCCAAGAAGAUCAUGGACGCGGGCGGUCUGGUGAGCGACGACAUCGUCAUCGGCAUGAUCAAGGAGGAGCUGGACAACAACAAGGAGUGCAAGGGCGGCUUCAUCCUCGACGGCUUCCCCCGCACCGUCCCGCAAGCCGAGGGCCUGGACAAGAUGCUGCGCGAGCGCAACCAGGCGCUGCAGCACGCCGUGGAGCUCCAGAUCGACGACGAACUGCUGGUCUCGCGCAUCACGGGCCGCCUGAUCCACCCGGCCAGCGGGCGCAGCUACCACACCACCUUCAACCCGCCCAAGGUGCCCAUGACGGACGACAUCACGGGCGAGCCGCUGAUCCAGCGCAGCGACGACAACGCCGAGGCCCUCAAGAAGCGCCUGGCCACCUACCACAAGCAAACCGCCCCCGUCGUUGACUACUACAAGAAGACGGGCAUCUGGAAGGCCGUCGAUGCCGCCCAGGAGCCCGGCCAGGUCUGGAAGAGCCUGCUGGCCAUCUUCGACGGCGACAAGGCCAAGGCCAGCAGCGCCGGCAGCGGCAUCCUCAGCAAGCUCGCGCCCAGCUCCUAGAUGGGCGGCGCAGGCGCGGCCCAGGCUGGGAACAGAAGUUGGUGGUCCGAGGCGGUGAAGACGGACGAGGAGGUGAGGCGGAGGCAACUCGACAUGCUGCUCUAGUUCGGCCGCGGUUGAAUCGCGCAAACGGUCUGGACUGGCUUCCGGCGAAGUCCUUCUCCUGCCUGCCCCCUCUCGGGGCCCUGGGAAUGAAGGAAAGGGGGCGCAUCUGGAGUCGAACGGCUUUGCUUUUUGUCGUCCAUCAGCAUCUGACCAGCGGACUUGCCUGUUGCGUGCCACUGGAGGGAGUUCGAGGGAUAAUCAACUUAUUACGCGGUAACAGUUUGGGCGGCUUCCUGAAAGGGUGGCUUGGAUGGCGAGGCUUGUGCGAUAGAAGCCCUGUACUUACUACCAUGUAGAAUUGCCACAACUGCCUACAAGCUGCUACCGCUUAUAGAG